GUUAGGUUGUGAAGGAAACAAGCCCCACAACACAUUCACUGUUUAUUGGUUACAGUUGAAAUUUCCAUGAAUAAACAUUAAGAAGUAUGAUGCUUUUACUUGGAACAACAAAGAAAGUGGUAAAGACAGCUUCUCAAGAAGGAAAAAGAUUGAAACCAAUUCAUUAUAAAUAUGACUGCUUGCAGAGCCAAACAAGCUCACUAAAUAGGUGUUCCUUUCAUUCGAAAAUCCUUCAAGGCUCGGAUAAUUUUAGAGAAUAUGGGCACUGUCAGUUUUAGAAUGUUAUGGUUUUUCAUAUCAAUUUUAGGAUUUAUAAUCAUCUUCAAUCAUGGUUCGGAAGCUAAUCCUGACACAGACGAUCAUCCUUCUGCAGUUGUCAUCGGAACAGUUUAUUGUGAUGCAUGCUUUCAACAAGAUUUUUCAAGAACUAGUAGUCACUUCAUAUCAGGUGCUACUGUUGCUGUGGAGUGUGGUAGAGAUGAAAGCAGUUCUAAAGCUAGUUUCUACAAGCAAGUGAAAACAAACAAACAUGGAAAGUUCAAAGUUCAUCUACCAUUGUCAGUUGGUAAACAUGUUAAGAAAAUCAAGGAAUGCACAGUGAAGUUGAUAAGUAGUAGUGAACCAUUUUGUGCAGUUGCUUCUUCAGCUACUUCAUCAUCACUCCAUCUCAAGUCAAGAAAACAAGGAACUCAUAUUUUCUCAGCUGGUUUUUUCACCUUUAAACCUUUAAAAGAACCAGAGCUCUGUAACCAGAAACCAAGCACUGCAACUUCUAAAGAGUUUGAUUUCAUCAAACAUUUCUCCUUUACUCCAAGUAUUCCAACAUUUUCACCCAUAACACAAAAUCCAAUCUUGCCACCCAUAGCUCAAAACCCAACUCUACCUGAUAUUCUGCAACCACUCCUUCCUCCUACCGUGCCCAUGGUAAUGCAGCCUCUGCAACCACUCCUUCCUACCCCACCAAUUACUGAAAAGACUAUCUCGAAAAUUUCAGGGAAUUUGGCACAAAACUCUAUUAGGCAGACGAAAGUAAAGAAAUCUAGGAAGAGAAGAAGGAUGUCAUCGGGUUCUAAACCAACUAUAACUGAGGAGAAAACCUUCUUUCCAACCCCACAAAUACCACCAAUAUUACCAUCACCACAGCCUACUUUUGGUGGAAUUCCUCUACCACCAAAUCCAUUACAACCAGCACCACUUCUGCCUAACCCAUUACAGCCACCAUCUGGCGGUCUUCCACCUCUCCUUCCCACGCCACCAUCUGGUGGUCUUCUUCCCACACCAAUCAUUCCCCUGCUAACUCCGCCGCCACCACCACCAGUUUUUCGAUUCCCUUUCCCACUCCCACCUUUCCCUACGCUCCCAUUCCCACCUUCACCUGGAUUCCCCGGGAUUCCACCAGCUUUCCAUCCCAAGCAAACCUCUCCAUGAUAGACACCCUGUCUAAUGCCUCCGAGGCAGAAAUAUAACUACGAUGUACUAAAUUCGUUCGGUUUGUCUUCUUCAGCAUGUUCUUUAGCAGUUAUUAUAGGUGUAAAAGUGGAACCUUCUCUUUACUGUAAUAAAUCUAUGCAACUCUAUUUCUAUUUUAUUUA